AUGUCAACGAAUAGUGUUGAGAAGGUGUCUUUGUUGAGAGCUCUUAAAUCCUAUUCUCUCAACAACAACUCACUUCCUAUUACAUUUCGAGUGACGCAAGAUGCUGCCGGCCGCAAUACAAUCUGGAAUUGGCAUCCUGCUUCAUCCCUUGGCAGCUCCAGCUCACAAGACGCUCUUCACAUUCGGGGCUGGGGUCACAACGAGAAAGCACUUUUCAACGUCUAUCAGUGGAGAUUCAUCGCCCCGACAUUCGGAGAAGGCCAACGUUUUCGGUUUUGGUUCCCGAAUGAGAUGGUACUUCCGUACGUAGCAGUCAAUCGCAGAGCAGAAAGCAAGGGAUUUUUUGGCGAGGUGUUCAAAGUCAACGUUCAUCCAGCACAUAUCAAGGCCCAGAGAACGGCUAGAAAUCUCCAGGAGCUCAGAAACUACAAGUCAUACCACCUGAUCAAGCCCAUUGCGGCUUACGAACACCGUGGAGAUCGCUGCCUUCUCUUCCCUUGGGCAGAAGGGGGAAAUCUGGCCCAGUAUUGGAGUCGUAACCCUGGGAAUACUCUGACUAAAGUCGAGCUUGCAUGGACUUUUCGCCAGCUCACUGGCCUAUUCGGUGCUCUCGAAGAACUGCAUCAGAGCAAUUGCAGACAUGGGGACCUGAAGCCCGAGAACAUUCUAUUGUUUAUCGAUGUGAACAACAAAAAGACGCUGCAAAUCGCCGACCUAGGGCUCACUACUUUCCACGAACUAGAUGCUGCGACCAGGAUCCGAAGAGCCAAAGAGAUUCUCACCAUGACGCCGCCGGGAACUUCUCGGUAUGAACCUCCUGAGAUGGACAAAGAUCGAGACAAGAAGCUACCCGCCCACGAAACUCGUUCAAGAGCAUAUGACAUCUGGUCCAUGGGCUGUGUUAUCUUAGAGGUGCUGAUUUGGAUUUCCUACGGCUUUGACACAGUGAAAAAGUUCAGGGACGAAACCGCAUACCUUUGGGAGCGGGAGCGAGCGAGAGGCAACGAAAAGAGAUAUCGUGUCCAAACCGACACACGAAGUCAUAUGAUAGCUCUCUCGAAAGCAUUUCAAGCGCAGCCAGCGUGGAGAGAACUCUUGACGCUUGUGGAAACAAGGCUUCUCGUCGUCAACGUGUCAGACAACUGGAACGUUAGCUCGCCUAAGCACCGCGAAACGGCAUCUGCAGCUCAUAGGCAGAUGAUAAUAAUCCAGAGAAAGUACUACCCUGUGAUACGACUCUCAAAGCAAUGGCCACAAACCUUCGCUCCCUGCCCACGAAGACAAUCUCGACGAAGAGAAUUUUUCGUUAACGUCUGGCUUGCACAGCAACGAAGCCAGCUCAAUGACUCUUGGGAUUCUUUUGCCGACAAUUUAUUUGCUUCCCAGGUUUUAAGCAAAAUUGACUGGGGUGGAAUGGGACCUUUAUUCACAGGGAAGAAGAUCUUUUGCGCGAAAUGCAGCGCAGUGUCAUCGCAAGCUCUGUUCCCACACGAGUUCAGACCGUCAGACGCUCAAUUACACUGCGAUCUGUGCAGUAUACUUCUCGGCGCUCUUGAACGAGUCUAUGCUGUGGUUCCAGAGCUUGUGAGGCUACGCCAGAAUCAUACGAUAGUUGGAGUCGAAGACGGGCCAAAUCUUCUCUCAAUAUAUGUCGAACCAGGUCAAGACAUCCCGCCUGGAAGACAGAUCGGUUUACCAAGACUUCCUGGAAUGAACAGCCCAGAACAGCUCACUCUGUUGAAACAGUGGCUACAUAGCUGUGAUUUGACACAUAACGCGUGUAAUCGUCACGCGGCACAAGAAGACCUGGGAAUGCCAACUCGCCUUGUCAAAGUCACGGAGCCAAUUCAAGUCUUGAAUUGUAGUACAAUGGGGCCUUCAAGUUGCCAAUACAUAGCUCUAAGCCACUGUUGGGGUCAGCUGAAGAAGCACGAACGAUUUUGCCUCUAUCGCGACAACUAUUCUCAACUACAGGAACAUGUAGACUUCGAUAACUUACCAAAAACCUUUCAGGAUGCAAUCACAGUCACUCGCGGCCUCGGAAUAGACUACAUUUGGAUUGAUACUUUGUGUAUUAUUCAGGAUGACAAGACGGAUUGGGAAAGGGAGUCAACAAAGAUGGAAGAGGUUUUCAGUGCGGCAUAUUGUACUAUCAGUGCAGCUUCUGCCAAAUCCUCACUCGAUGGCUUCCUAUCCGAUCGUGCGCCUAGGCCCAGCGUUCAUCUACGGGUGAAGGAUCUGCCAGACGUGCUCUAUGUGUGCGCACACAUCGACAACUUCCAUCAAGAUGUCGAGCUGGCGGAGAUCAACAGGCGAGGCUGGGUCUUGCAGGAAAGAGCUCUAUCAAGACGCUCCAUAUAUUUUACUCCAACCCAGGUAUACUGGGAAUGUGGAUUUGGAAUACGGUGUGAGACUCUGGGUCGGUUGUACAACUCGAAAGCUGUGUUUCUUGGGGAUGCCAACUUUCCCCAGUCUGCUUUGGAAUACUACCGAGAUGGGAGGCAGCUUCUGAUUCAAGAUCUGUACGAGAGGUACUCUGCACUUGCAUUUACGAUGGCUUCCGAUAGGGCCGUCGCAAUUCUAGGUCUUCAGACGAGACUGGCUCGGGCACUCAAAACUCAAGCCGCACACGGGUCCUUCGAGAAAUAUUUCGCGCGGAGUAUCCUGUGGAAGCGCGAUCAACCAGCAGACAUGACAAUCAUCACUCAGUCGACGUGGCUUGUUCCAACUUGGUCGUGGUUCUCUAAGACCGGAAAGAUUCAGUAUAUGGACCUCGAAUUCGAUAAGAUUGAGUGGGCGAAUACAGACUUUGAAAGCCCUUUCUCUCGUCAUCCAGAUAUGCUCUCAGGAGCGUCAUAUUAUGGUCGCGACGAAGACCAUACUAUUCUUCGGGGGGUUGCAAGAGGCAUUGACGUCAGCGAAGAGCAGAUUGCAUCACAAGUUUGUUUCGACCGGGAAUAUGAGCUCAAAGCCGAAGACUUACGGGUUAUCAUCAUCGGCCGUGACAAGGAAGACCUCUGCGCGAAAGUUCACGUACUUGUCAUUUGCAAAAGCCAGAACGAUUCUCGAAUCAAUCGUUACGAACGGAUAGGGGUUGCAUCCAUUCUAGAGAAGCAAGUUUCGAAGAACUGGGCCUGGGUCGACAUCUGGUAA